AUGGGCAGCGUGCGAACCAACCGCUACAGCAUAGUGUCUUCGGAGGAGGACGGCAUGAAGCUGGCAACCAUGGCAGUUGCCAAUGGCUUUGGGAAUGGGAAGAGCAAGGUACACACCAGGCAGCAGUGCAGGAGCCGGUUUGUCAAGAAAGAUGGCCAUUGCAACGUCCAGUUCAUUAAUGUAGGCGAAAAAGGACAGCGUUACCUAGCGGACAUCUUCACCACCUGUGUGGACAUCCGCUGGAGGUGGAUGUUGCUUAUCUUCUGCCUGGCUUUCAUCCUCUCAUGGCUAUUUUUUGGUUGUGUGUUUUGGUUGAUUGCCUUAUUGCACGGGGACCUAGAGAAAACAGAGAAACUGUGUGUAUCCGAAGUGCGUAGCUUCACUGCAGCCUUCCUUUUCUCCAUUGAAACACAGACAACGAUUGGCUAUGGCUUUAGGUGUGUCACAGAUGAAUGCCCUAUUGCAGUCUUCAUGGUGGUUUUCCAGUCAAUAGUUGGCUGCAUCAUUGAUGCCUUCAUCAUUGGUGCUGUCAUGGCAAAGAUGGCUAAACCUAAAAAAAGAAAUGAAACUCUGAUCUUCAGCCACAAUGCUGUAAUAGCCAUGAGAGAUGGGAAGCUGUCCUUAAUGUGGCGGGUUGGGAAUCUGCGCAAAAGCCACCUUGUGGAAGCACAUGUGAGAGCCCAGCUCCUCAAAUCUCGGAUCACCACGGAAGGCGAAUACAUCCCUCUAGAUCAAAUAGACAUCAAUGUUGGGUUUGACAGUGGCAUAGAUCGCAUUUUUUUGGUCUCGCCUAUUACAAUUGUCCACGAAAUAGAUGAAGAGAGUCCUCUGUAUGAUUUAAGUAAGCAGGAUAUGGACAAUGCAGACUUUGAAAUUGUAGUAAUAUUAGAAGGCAUGGUGGAAGCCACCGCUAUGACCACACAGUGCCGUAGCUCAUAUCUGGCAAAUGAAAUUCUAUGGGGUCACCGUUACGAGCCUGUACUAUUUGAAGAGAAAAACUAUUACAAAGUGGACUAUUCUAGGUUCCACAAAACGUAUGAAGUGCCGAACACACCCCUUUGCAGUGCCAGAGACUUAGCAGAAAAGAAAUACAUCCUCUCUAAUACAAAUUCAUUUUGCUAUGAGAAUGAAGUGGCCCUCACUGGCAAAGAGGAAGAAGACAGUGACAAUGGGGUGCCUGAGAGCACAAGUACAGAUACCCACCCAGACAUGGACCAUCACAGCCAAGCAGGUGUGCCCCUAGAGCCCAGGCCUUUAAGGCGAGAAUCUGAAAUAUGACUGAGAGAAGUUAUUUUCACGAUGGUCGAAAUAUAUCUGUCAGUAAGAGGCACACUGCAUUGGGAGGUGGCCGCAAACAGUUUUUCAGAUGGUACUGUUGAACAGAGAUGGGCAUAGAGCGCUGAAGAAGAGUCAACUUGGGCUGGUUUUUAAGUGCUGGCUUCAGAGAAGGAACAGCACAAGGGUGAACUUGGAACAUAAAGCACUAAGAUGUCUACGCAUAACUAGAAGGCACAUAUAUGUUGUAGAAUAAAUUAUGUAUAUAUUUUUUUACAAAACUUGAACUUGCAGGCAAGCUUUGGUUGAGUUGUAUUGUUUGUCAUCUGUUCCCCCCCCCCUCCCAGAAUGCUUCUCUCUUGGGAACAAGAAUGUUUUUAAUGGCAUAACAAAGGCAAGAGACUGCCUUAUUUUUUUUAAAAGUUGCUGCUAUCUACACGAACACAAAUUGUAAUUUUUUUGUCGCAGUGUAGUAUUCAUUUUUUCCUUUAAAAAAAGAAAGGAUGAAAAUCCCUCAGUGUUGAACUUGUUAGUUUCAAAGCUGUCUGUCAUUCGAAUGAAUGACAGUGAUGGGUGAUACUGGGGGAUCUGAACUUUUGUUAAGGCCAGUAGUUCGGUGGCUAGAAUCAAUUUCUCUCAUACUAUCCCGUUACAUAAGGAGUGUUAUGUACAAGGCCAUGCAGUAGCCUACGGAAAUAUUUUUCUUUUAGUUUGUGUUUGGGAAUGGAAUGGAGAUAGGUUCCCCCCCCCCCCAUCUAAAAUAUAUUUUAAUUUCAAAACUACCUAAGUGAAUACCAAAGACAAAAUGCACGCUUUUGCACAGUGGACUUUUUAUUUAAAUAGAACAGGCUGCUUCAACUAAGCAGAAAGAAAGAAAAUAGGAUGACCUCAGACAUUUUCCUCCCCAAAGACCUUUAUGUGUGGAGUAUCUUUUUAAUGCACCUUAUUCGAUACGUAAAGUUUAAGAUACAUUUACAGUAAGAGUCCUCUUUCAGCUCCCCCACCCUCUUGGGAAGUAAGCUUCUGGGCUUUUUUAUUUUAUUAAAGACAAAAGCUGAGUGGAGGGAAGCAGACAUCUGUUCUUUCCUGUUUAAUAAAACACCAGCAAGGCUAUGGCAGGAGGUCAAAUGUUAAGCCAGCAUACAUUCCAAAGUAGCUUCUAGAACACAGAACCCUAUUAGAAGUGGAGCAGCAUUUUGAGGGACUGAACCAAAUGCAGCAGUGACCAUAAUUAUGAAGGUUCAAUAAGCUUGGGUUUGCUAGACAUUGGCAAAACCAGUGAUUCAGCAAGAGAAGCUAACUUGAUUGGAGUAAGCAGCUGUGAACAAAGCAACAUGUGGUCCCAGGAGAGAAGAAACUGACAUGGAAUAAUCUUAUGCAAGGAUAUCAGUGUUUGUAUUUUGGUGGGACUGCUUUUUGCCCAGAAAAGGAUGGCAGAAAUGUGCGCUAAUAUUUUUGAGAUUGUUUGAGGGAUCAUUCAUCUGAAGGGAACAAUACUGUAAAAGAGUUCCCUUUUUAAUGACUUGAUAAGCAUCAGUGGGAUGACCAGUGGAUGCAAUAUCUGAACUGAAACCUUUAGAAUAACUUUUCUGACCCUCUGCUGAACCGUGACUUUAAUGGUAUUUUUGGAUUCCUUGCCAAGAAUGCUUUAAACAUUCUCUGUGCCUCUAAGAUCAAGUGUACCGUUUUAGCUGCACCCAUAGGCAGACUUGCAAGCCCUCCAAUUGGUGGAAGGUGAGGGUGACACCAUGGGAUCAAAACUCAACUCUUUUACAGUAUUGGAUCUCACUGUAUGCCAUUAAAAAAUAACUUGUUCUGGGUCUAAUGCUACUUGCUAACAAACAUGUGGAGGCCUUUGGCCCCUGACUGCUCUGGUGUAAGGAGACAAGUGCCAGUAAUAUGGCAUUUCCCAGAUAGCAUGGAAUUUACUUUACAGUGAGGAGGUGGAUGCUAAGCUGUAGAAAUUCAAUAUUGUAAAUGCAGACAGGUUUGGGUUUUCUCUCUCUUAAUCCUCAGUAACCACGUACUGAGAUUAAUUCUGGGUGUGUGUGUGUGGGGGGGGGGGAGCUAAGUAUGCAUAGCAACCUGAUUUUCUCUGACUGAGACCCAGAGACUAAUGAAAGCAAUUUGAACUCGACUCUCGUGCUGCUAUUGUGAUAUUUUUGCAAAGGAAAAAAAAAGUGCAAACCAAAGAGUAUUCAAUGACAUGUUAAACAAAGAAGGGAGGAAACUACUCCAAAAUGCACAAAGUUCCCACUUGCAAGACUUGAGACAUUAAAGGGAAAGGUGGGUUGAGAAAGUGUUGAAUAUAUUUGAAUAAAAACAGAGAAAGGGAUUUUUUCUAAAAUCUAACCUUUUUUCUGGUGCAGAGUUGAUCUUUCUUUUCCAAGAUGCAGGGUUUUGUGUUUUUUCAGAAUUUUUUUAAAAAGAAAAUAGAACACUUUUUAUAAAGUUUAUCAAGUAUUUUCAUAUUUAAAGCCAAAUGUAAAUAAAAGUCCAUUUAAAAAGAGAAUGACAGGAGAAAAGGCCAAGAUGGCAUCAGUUAGAACAGAAGAUGCUACUGGUUAGCAUGGUUUUUAGCAAAUAUUUGCAAGCCUUAUGGGGUUUCUAUUGCUAUGAGGGGUUUUUUGUUAUUUAUUUAGGCAUGGAUGUUUAACUUGAUUGUGUUUUUUCCCCUCUUGCUAUUGGCAUUUCUGUCUGCUUUCAGAUUGCUAGAGACUUGAUGAGAGUGGAAUAAUUUAUCUCACUCCUUGCUGGAUUCCCCCCCCCCACUUCAAGUAACCCUUUGUCUUUUCCUGUUGGCUUCUGCAUGUGGAAACUGCUAAAAGAAUUUCUCAUUGUGUAUAUCAUGGUACCUACUAGCCCUUAAUUGUCUUUAUAACAGUUUAUAAAACUGAACAUGCCUUGGGAGGUUCAGCCUAGAUUCCAUGAUCAUUAUGAUGCUUCAGACGUUAUGAUGCUUCUCUAGCAGCUGCUAACCAGGGAGAAUUGUGCAAAGGCAUCAAUGGUUCAGAUUUAUGGUACAAUCAUUGACCAUUUUAAAUUGACAGGAAAUUUUCUAUUGACUUCACAUGCAGUGUAAGUUGCAUAUGCAAUUCAUAUUUCUUAUUUGGGGAAUUAAUGAACAAACAGUAAUUUCCUUUUCCCUAAAAUACUUGAAUAGGUCCCCUUUUCCUAUAUGAAACUAAAUAUUACACAAAGCAUAUGAAAGAGAAGCAAUGAAGGUGUAUUUCUCUGUGAUUUGGUAUGCAAGUUUUUCUCUCUCUUCUAAAUUAAUAAAAUCACUGCAUGUAUGUAUUGCUUUGGCUACACUUGUUCGGUCACAAUCAACUUUUUCCUAUUCUAAUUCAAUCCCAUAAGCUUUUAUCUGGCAAAGACAAAGGGUUCUGAUUCUAUAUUUUUGUUCUCCUAUUUUAUUUUUUUAUUUUUUUGAGGGGGGAUUGCAAAGUAAAACUGAGAAGUACUGUAAUGUCUUUUUUAAAAAAAUCUGGCUGCUGUUGACCAUUUUCAAGGUAGGAGGGUGCUGCAUAGUUGCCAUUCUAGAGGCAACGUAAGAUAUCUCUCUUUCUCUUUUCAUAAAUGGAUUUUCUGUCCUGCAGCUGUUUGUAAGGUGAACAAACCAAUAGGCAUUCGACAAUCGUUCUCCCUUACUAUUCCUGUUUGCAGCCUUUUGUAUCAAAGUCUUCCUAAUGUACUGCACAAAUCAUGGACUGUACAGAUUUUUUAUAUAUAUUAUGUCUUAUUUUAUUAUUUCUAAAUAAAUAAAAACAAAGUAUUCUUGAA